AUGGGGAGCCGCAUCAACAAGGCCUGCGAUGGCUGCCGCGUCCGCAAGGUCAAGUGCAGCGGCAGCCAGCCCUGCUCACAAUGUGCCCAUCUCGACCUGCCCUGCCAGUUCUCGCCACCCACGGGCAAGAGGAAGCCUGGCGUGAGGAACAGGCUGGUUGAGCAGCUUCGAGGGGGCAAUGGACCGCCACCAGCUCCGCCCUCUGUGACCUCAGUCGCUGGAAUCAUCAAUGCGCCUUCACCGGCAAGCAGCACGGGGACAGCCAUCGAGUACACGCCCGCCUUCUUCCAGCGCCUCCUCCCAGACUACGAGUCGGCUGUCUACCCACUCAGUCCCAUCAUCACGACGGACGAGAUGCGCGCUGCCAUUGACACAAUGGGCUCCUCCCACGAGGAUGCGGCGCUCGUCUACGGCUUCGCCGCCGUCACGAUCAACCUCACACAGAUAUCAUGGACGACGCUCAACGGGGACGUCGCGACGCAAAUGACGGAUCUAAUCCAGCGCUGCCUCGCGUCCCAUCGCCUGGCUGACCUGGGCGGCGUCACGCGACGCCACGGCAUGACCAACAUUGCCGAGCUGCCCGUCACCGUUAAACGCGUCAUGACAUGCAUAUUCAUGGAGAUCAGCAUGAUGGCCUUUCGCCUGUUUGAGCGCAGCUUCGCCAUCCUACGCGAGGCCAUCGCUCUCAUGCAGACCAUGAAGAUCUCUCGCCUCAAAGACCUCCCCAAGCACGAGCUCGCCCGCCGCCAACGGCUGUACUGGGAAUGCUUCAUCCACGAAAAGUUCGUCACCAUCAUGAGCGGGUGUCCCAGCAUCCUCCCGCCGCUCAGCACGGGUCUCCCUCUCGAAGACGAGACUAUACCCGCCCACGUGGACUGCGGCUUCAAGCGACUCAUGACCCUUUUCGCGGCCAUGGAUGAUUCCUUUUUGCAGCACUGGACGGCGCAGCAACAGUCGUGGCAUACGGAUGUCGAGCCCAUGACGGCCGAGUGGGUGGAGAGGAAGCAAGCUCAGCUCGACGCGCACGAGGUCGAGACCGCACAGGCCGAAGAGGAGUUACGGAUUCGAGGGCAGGGCGGUCUGACGGAGCUGCAGCAUGCUGAUAUCUUCGUGACGCGCCUGUGGCUGCGCACGCUCAUCUGGCAACUGGCCCUGUCGCACGGUCUGCUGCGCAGCGCGCCGCCCGACACGAGCCACCAGGGUCUGUCCCUGCACUUCCCCGCCCACCGGCUGUCGUCUCAGCUGCGAUCACUCGUGUCCAAGCUGUCGACGUUUGCCAGUGUCGGGCGGCACGGCAGCGGGAUACUCCAGAAGUUGUUUGAGAUCACCACGACGGUGGCGGACGUGCUCGCCAUUCCGCCGGGGAACACGGCGAGUCAAGAGGACGUUAAGAGCCGGAUGGAGGAUUUUAUCUUUGUCGUUGGAUUUUUGUUUCGCUUUGAGCGCAUCUCGCCCGAGGAGAGGGCGUAUAUGCGGGAGAAGAUGGAGGUCCUGCGGCAAUUGUACACGGUUGUUGACUUUGGCAGCUUGGCGGUUGGGUCUGCUUGA